AGGAGAGAGCGGCCAAUUAGAAACGCUUCACCAGGAAGAUGACAUUUACCCAUGGCCUCGUAGGAUGAGUACGAGUUCGGCAGCGGGAACGCCUUUCCAGAUAGAGAUAACAGCCUAGGCAAAAGCUCAAAGGUUUUACAAGUGCACCCCAUGCCUCCAACCUUAUAAAUUCUGAUCUCAGAGCGAUCAGAAGCCAAGUGCGAUCAAAACCUCAGCCUAAGCAGUCCAUGGCGAGGGGCUGCCCUUGCCCGUCCCUCAGCCCGAGCCGGAGGAGGUUCAAGUCUCUUGCUCCCCGGACCUCGGAAGCCUGAGGCUUCCGCGAGAGAGGAGGAAGGGACGGGCCUCAAGGAAGUCUCCACACUUGUCAGGAUCGCCCCUCAAUCCUCUCACCAUUUCGACUCGCAAAAGGAAAGCCGCUGCUCCGCCACCGGAAGAACACGUCAGCAGGAGCAGGCGCCCUGUUCGGCCGGAAGAAGAAGCGCGCCCACGCAAGUGGCAUUAUGGGAGUUGUAGUCCAGUGGUUUGGGCUGCAAGGAAAGACGGGGGUGGUGGGGGCCUGGUGUGGGGAGUAGAGGGACGCAGUGGAGAAGGGUAGGCCGGCGGCGCUGUACGAGUUCCUUCAUUCUGGCGGGACUGUUUCCUAUGAGAGAAGUUGGCUAUGAAGGGGCCGGCACCAGGACUACAUUCCCCAAGAGGCUGUGCACGAGGGCUGGUCACGUGACGGGAGCGCGGGCUUUGGAAGGCCGCGAAGCUAGAGGCGACCCGCGGCGAAUCGAGGCGGGCGCGUGGUUUAAGAAAGUUCUGGGCAACGUCCUCGUUCGACACCGGGCCGGGUGCCAGGUGCCAGCUGCCGAGGCCUCGCGCUCCAAAUCCCAGGUGCCCCUCCUCUUUGUUGCCAUGGGAAUUCAAGGCCUGGCCAAACUGAUUGCCGACGUGGCCCCCAGUGCGAUCCGGGAGAAUGACAUCAAGAGCUACUUUGGCCGCAAGGUGGCCAUUGAUGCCUCUAUGAGCAUUUAUCAGUUCCUGAUUGCUGUGCGCCAGGGCGGGGAUGUGCUGCAGAACGAGGAGGGUGAGACCACCAGCCACUUGAUGGGCAUGUUCUACCGUACCAUCCGCAUGAUGGAGAACGGCAUCAAGCCUGUGUAUGUCUUCGAUGGCAAGCCGCCACAGCUCAAGUCGGGUGAGCUGGCGAAACGCAGUGAGCGGCGGGCUGAGGCGGAGAAACAGCUGCAGCAGGCUCAGGCAGCUGGGAUGGAGGAGGAGGUGGAAAAGUUCACCAAGCGGCUGGUGAAGGUCACCAAGCAGCACAAUGAUGAGUGCAAGCAGCUGCUGCGCCUCAUGGGCAUCCCAUACCUGGAUGCGCCCAGCGAGGCAGAGGCCAGCUGUGCUGCCCUGGUGAAGGCUGGCAAGGUCUAUGCUGCAGCCACCGAGGAUAUGGACUGCCUGACCUUCGGCAGCCCUGUGCUGAUGCGGCAUCUGACUGCCAGCGAGGCCAAAAAGCUGCCCAUCCAGGAAUUCCACCUGAGCCGGAUUCUGCAGGAGCUGGGCUUGACCCAGGAGCAGUUUGUGGAUCUGUGCAUCCUGCUGGGCAGCGACUACUGUGAGAGCAUCCGUGGAAUUGGGCCCAAGCGGGCCGUGGACCUCAUCCAGAAGCACAAGAGCAUCGAGGAGAUCGUGCGGCGGCUUGACCCCAACAAGUACCCUGUGCCAGAAAAUUGGCUCCACAAGGAGGCCCAUCAGCUCUUCCUGGAGCCCGAGGUGCUGGAUGCAGAGUCUGUGGAGCUGAAGUGGAGUGAGCCAAACGAAGAAGGUCUGGUCACCUUUAUGUGUGGUGAGAAGCAGUUCUCCGAAGAGCGAAUCCGCAAUGGGGUGAAACGGCUGAGCAAGAGCCGCCAGGGCAGCACCCAGGGCCGCCUGGAUGAUUUCUUCAAGGUGACCGGCUCGCUCUCUUCAGCCAAGCGCAAGGAGCCAGAACCCAAGGGAUCCGCAAAGAAGAAGGCAAAGACUGGGGCAGCAGGGAAGUUCAAAAAGGGGAAAUGAACGUGUGCCGCCCAAUUAUAUCUCCCUGGCCCCAGAAUUUUUGCCUUGUUGUACCCUUAAGAGCUAGAGCUAGAGAAAGCUCCAUGGGGAUGGGAAGGGGAUUCCAUUGCUUCUCUAGCCUUACCCUCCUUGGUGUGCUUUUCCCUUCUUGACUUGAUCAUAUUGCAGGAAGUCCACAGAGGUGCUUUGUUUUUUGCUUUGUUAGUUGAGGGAAGUGUCAGUCUCAAACCGUUUACUGGACACUGAGUCCAUAGUUAAAUGAAAGUGAUAACAAUGAGUUUUGGAGAAAGAAGAGGAAGAUUAACGGUGGAGACAAAAGACUUUAGGGAAAUGAUUUCGUUGAUGGUCAUCUGGUGGCUGGUGGGAGGUGACGAUGGAACCAGACUGUGCUUCUCUCCCUAGGUCAGCUUUGACCCAACCUGAAAUAACAGCCAUCGAGAAGACCGGUCUUACCAGAUUGGAAGAGCCACUGAGAAGUCAGACAAGAAUAGAGAAGGAGUCCCUGGAGUUGGCAGCAAGUUUUUGAUUACCGGCCAUGUGUCCUUGAGUCUUUAGUGGUAAUUCAGGGGAGUGAGGUGGAGAUGUUCUUCUCAUGGCCUCUGAGUUGAGACUUUGGGAAAAAAUGGUGGCUUUCAUGUGUUGUUUUUGUUUUAAAGGUAUGAGGUGGCAAAAAUUAAAAUUCUCAAAGUAACCAGAAUAUCAUGUUCUUUGAGAACAUUUGAAAACAUCCAGUGUCCUGGGCUCCAGGCAGAACACCUUCUCCUUUUGCUACUCCAGGGCAACAGCAGGGCUUGAGAGUGGCCACAAGAUGGCGCCAUGCCCUGCAGAAUGGCCGUGGCAGCUACGGUAGUACUCAAGCUAUUUGGAGGAUGCCUAAGUUAUUUUAUCUAGAUGAGAAAUGAGUUUUGAUAAAUUGAGUGGAUUGUUAGUCUUCCACCUAAUCUGUGAUAUAAAGGAGCGUAUCGGAAAAAAACUCACAAUUUAUAUCAACUGCUUCAUAGCAUCCAUUUAUCAGUUUGGUAAAUCGAGACAGCUGCCAUUCAAAAUCACUCUUGUUCCGUUUGUGACAUUAAAUUCAGGUUGGUAUGUCUCAUA